GAAUGGGACUAACAGGCUUUGGAGUGUUUUUCCUUUUCUUUGGAAUGAUACUCUUCUUUGACAAAGCUCUUUUGGCUAUUGGAAAUGUUUUAUUUGUGGCUGGCCUGUCUUUUGUUAUCGGUUUAGAAAGAACAUUUAGAUUCUUCUUUCAAAAACACAAAAUGAAAGCAACAGGCUUUUUCCUGGGUGGUGUGGUCAUAGUUCUCAUUGGUUGGCCUUUAAUAGGAAUGAUCCUUGAAAUUUAUGGGUUCUUCCUAUUAUUCAGGGGGUUCUUUCCUGUGGUGGUUGGCUUUAUUAGAAGAGUUCCAGUUCUUGGCUAUCUCUUGAAUUUACCUGGUAUAAGCUCGCUUGUAGAUAAAGUUGGAGAAAGCAACAACAUGGUAUAAUGACAAGAGGGCGGAAGACUGAUUCUAAACUUACUGUAUUAUUUAUAAAAUCCUUUUGAAGAAUAUUCAGCACAAAGAUUAAGUUGUGUACAAAGGAAAAGCUUGUUACAUUCUUUACAUAACAGUUUAAUUUAAAAUGUAUAGUCAACAAUAUACAUUAGAAAAGAAGCUCAGCAAGUAUGCUUCUAGGAAAGUAACUCCAGAGUUCAGGAAGUAGACUGAAGAAGUGAAAGUCAUGGAAUAACCCAUGUUACAACUGUUCAAGACUAUUUUUAUUGUUUUUGGAAAACAUACUAGAGGCAAUGAACCCUUCUGGAAUUCACGGCGCCUGUACUUUACCUCCUUAUUUUGAAGGUGCAGUAGAGCAAACAGGCCUGCGUUUUUAAGGGUGACCCAAACUUAUCCAACCCUCUGCUUGCUAUCCUCAGAGUGCAAAAAAACAAACAGAAAACUUCUUGUGUAACAAGAGAUGCGUCUGUGCAUGAAGGUGAAGAUGACUAUUCAUCUUUAAGUGUAUUAUGACAAAAAAAAAAAGGAAACGGUUCUGUUGUAAACAUUUUUGUAAAUAUGUGGCUGAAAUAAAACAUUGUUAUCUUAAUGUUUCAAAGCCAAAUGUAAGUUGAUUGUAUUUGCCUUCCGUUUCGGAAUAUGCAAAAGGUCAAUCUUUAAUAACUUCAGUCUUAAAUGUUGGUUCUGAACAUGUAGAGCUCAACAGGGGACUCUGGAAACUGACUUGUGCUCCUUCCAGUUUGUUCUCCUUGAGUCAUGUUACAAGUGCAUCCACGUGAGAAUGUAGCCCUCUGUCACUAACAUGAAAACUUUGUGAAAUAUGCUUAGCUUGGAAAAAAAAAAGCAUUUUGUUAAGGUGCUGACAUGAACCCUGUGAAAUGAAUCUUAUCAAAAUUUGAACCUUUGUUUUUAAAUAGUUUGAAGCUAAGGUUUCUGUGUUUACUCUGGAACUACGAGUUGACUUUUAUUUUUUACAGUAAUAAAAUGAAAACUCAAA